AUGCAUGCUUCUUUGCUCCAUCGCCGUGCCUGCUAUUCCUCGGCCAAAUCAAUCCGGUAUAGUCAUUUUCUGUUAGGACCCUCCUCGCGACGCGCACAGGUCUACAAACCGUCAUCACGUCUUAGUCUUAGCUCAUUUUUGGUGUCCUCCUACCUACCGAGACGGUCAUUCUCCACCGCCCCGUCAUCUUCAUUUCAAGAACCGAGGAAGGCCUCGACUGGCUGGACGAUCACCCUAGCAAUCCUUCUCGUUUCUGGCGGACUUUGGCUACAGGAUAAAUACCAGGCAUUCAGAACCGUUCCCGUCUCCCAAUCGACCGUCGUCGAACCGCGAACACAAGAAGAUCUCUUUCUCGGUGUGAUCGAUACACUAAAGACCAUGACCGUUGAAGCUGCUCCAGGAACUGUGGGCAACCUCACCCCGGAACAAGAGGCCAAGCUCCAGGAAUUCUGGGUCCUCUUGUUCAAGGUGUGCGGUGUCCCUCUUGAUGGCAUUGAAGAAACCGAGCAACCCGCCCCGAGUUCCGUACAAGAAAAGAAACAACCGGCCAAGCGGAGAUUCGGGUUCUUCGGAGGAGGCUCCCAGGAGAAAGAAGAGCCCGCAACAGCGAACGACGCUGCCUCUGGUCUUGCGUCACUCGCCAUUACCGAUGGAGACGACAAGUUUGGGACAUCAAAGGAGUUCCAGAAGGCUCUCGCCGAGAUCAAGCCGGAGGAACUGCGGACUGCGUUUUGGAGCAUGGUGAAACAGGAUAACCCGGACAGUUUACUACUGCGUUUCUUGCGAGCACGGAAGUGGGAUGUUAAAAAAGCGCUCAUGAUGCUGAUUUCGACCAUUCGCUGGAGAAUGCAAGACGCGAAAGUAGACGAAGAUGUCAUGGUCAACGGUGAUCAUCUUGCUUUGGAGCAACUGAAGAGCAGCGACCCCGUGGAAAAGAAGAAGGGAGAAGAUUUCAUCAAGCAAUUCCGCCUGGGCAAGAGUUUCCUUCAUGGUGUGGACAAGAUGGGCCGCCCGAUCUGUUAUGUUCGAGUCCGCUUGCACCGUGCUGCUGACCAAGACGUCGAGGCGCUCGACCGAUUCACUGUGUAUACUAUCGAAUCGGCCCGGAUGAUGUUGGCGCCCCCAGUUGAAACAGCUUGCGUUAUCUUCGAUAUGACCGACUUCUCACUGGCGAACAUGGACUAUCACCCAGUGAAGUUCAUGAUCAAGUGUUUCGAGGCCAAUUACCCCGAAUCCCUUGGAGUGGUCCUUAUCCACAAGGCGCCUUGGGUUUUCUCCAGCGUAUGGAGUAUUAUCAAGGGCUGGCUUGAUCCCGUUGUGGCUGCGAAGAUCCAAUUCACCAAGACAGAACAAGACUUGGAAGAAUUUAUUCCGAAGUCACGCAUCAUUACCGAACUGGAAGGCGACGAGAAAUGGGAAUACAAAUAUCUUGAGCCCAAGGAGGGCGAGAAUGCUAAGCUCAAAGAUACCGGCAAGCGCGACGAACUGCUUGCUCAACGCCAAGAGCUGGCUAAGGAACUGCAAGAUUCAACCGUCGCCUGGAUUCUUGCCAGCAGGAAGAAAGACAACGCCAAGGAGGUUACAGAAAAGAGAAAGGAUCUUAUCGAACGCCUCCGGACUCAGUACUGGCAACUCGACCCCUACGUGCGCGCUACAAGUCUCUAUGACCGAUUAAACAUUAUCCAGGGUGACGGCAAGAUUGAAUUCUACCCUAAAGAGGCCGCCACCAACGGUGCGGCUGCAAAUGCCCAAUAA